AUGAAGCCAGCCUGUCAUGCCAUUUUGACCUUCUGCACUCUCCUGAGCGGACUGAGUCGGUUUGCCAAUGGGGCUGACUCGGGCACUUACUACUUCAAGCACUUCAGUACUUCUGGUACCAUCUCCCCAUGGUAUAAAGACGACAGCUCAUGGGGAGUAAACGCACCGGAUGGUACUGGGUUCACCGUCAUGGUCACUGGGGAGGACUGGGGGACUUGGUCGCCAGUUCAUACCCUGCCUAAGAAGCUUAAAGAUCUCAAUCCCGAUCAUAAGACAUGGUUCAGUCAAAACGCCUAUCCUGCGCAGGGCGCCGGGUAUGAUGCCUGCUAUGAUAUCUUCAUUGAUUCAAGCUACGCCCCUACCGAUCGUAACUCGCAGCACGAGGUGAUGAUCUGGGUUGCGUACCAGGCUCCCAAUAGUCCCCUCUCAGACUAUUAUGACUCGAACGGCGCGGUACCAUGGGCACGGAAUGUGAACAUUGGUGGCAAGCAGUGGGACAUCUACCUAUACCAGUAA